AUGCUGACGAACGUUGCCCUCGCGCUGGUCACGUUGCCGCUCAUCCACGCUGCAAAUUUUACCCGCAGUGUUGUCAUCUACCAUCGUCAAGAGGAAGAAUGUGACACCAAACAUGAUUUCCAAAUGCCCGAGGAGUGGUACGAAAACACAAGCAGCUCACACUCUGGCCGAGUAUUCGCCAGCAGGUACUUUGGCAGUGAAGCCACCUGGCUCAGCAACUGGGAGGUUGAUGAAAUAGUCAAGGGACAAGCCACGGUUAUCCUCCCCGACAAGAACAUUCAUGCUGUCCGGCACGCUUGCAUCGGCCUCGCCCAUGGUCUGAUUCCCGAUAGCCACCGCGAGAGCCAAACCUUCUGCACCACACGACGAGUCCCUCCCACUUCUCCUUACAGAGACCUUGAAGAGUUUUCAGUGAAGAACAUUCUGGCAGACGUCGUUGUCCAUCAUAGUGUCAACCCCACGAGGGUUAAACAUUCAAAAGAGUCAGAUGGAUUGACGCACGAAGCAGGGCCCGAGAAGGGAGUCAGUUGGGCCGAGUGCACCCCAAAAGGCAAAGGUGUCAAGGAGGCCUGUUCAGUUGCUGGCAGAGUGCUUGCGGGCCAAGUCAUCGAGGCCUUUGAUGGUGUCAUCAAGGACGAUUACGAGAAGCCGCAGCUCACAAUAUCGAUUGGACCAUUCAAUGCCAUUCCGUCGUUUUUCCAUCUCGCUCGCCUCGACACUUCUUCUCCAGAGGCUGAGAAGAUCAUCACGCGUGCCACCUCUGUGGUUUUCGAACUCAUCUAG